AUUACCCUCUUCGUCGACGUCCGCAAUGACGACCAUCCCAGCGCGUCUCGCAAAACGAGCAGUCACACAUGUGUCUGUUGCUGCUGCGCGUCCAGACGUACUAGCUCUGUACCGGGACUUCUAUCGUGCGGCCCCAGAGAUCUGCGAUCUCUACGCGAUUGAUAUCCCUCCUUCUCUCGUCCGUGCCCGCUUCAGACAGGAAUUUGAGAGGAACAAACACAUUUCCGAUGUCAAGGUCCUCGAUGUGCUUCUUCUCAAGGGACGACAAGAAUAUCAGGAGAUCAUGAAUACUUGGAAGAUGAGGGCGCAGUUGCUGGCACUCAUCAUGGCUCCGAUAGAGAGACAAGGGGAGCAUCCAACAGGUUUCUUGGAUGCAUUUUAUUCUGGCAAGGACGCUCUCGCCGUCGCGCCCUUGUCACCAUGAUUCAUAACAUUUCAAAAGCAAUCACCCAAACGUUUAGAUGAUGCAAAUUGUCUAUUGUAUAAAUGUAAUAAACUGCUGAACAA